CGGCCUGGAAAGCAGCGCUGUCGUGCAACGCAGGGUGAAAAACAUCCACUGACAGUAGCAAUACAAAGACUAUUGAGACCGCGUUGUGAGGUUUGGGGGCUGAAGCCAGGUGAGAGUGGGUAAGGGAUGAGUGGAAUAUGAGAAAAUUGAGUCAUCAAGGUUAAACGUUUUUAUGAAUCUUGGCAGAGGCAAUAUUCGGUAGGCUCAGCCUCCGGUGUGGUGUCCAGGAAAUUUUUGUUAUUUUUACUGUGCCUGGGAGAGACUUGACCAGCUGAUGGGAUUGUUAGCAAGGGAAUAAGGAAAGAAAGGUUGAGAAGGGUGAACUUCCUCAGAAGAUUGAAAGAGAUGGGAUUCAGAGGACAGAUGGAGGGAACUGGUCUUGGAUAGGAGGAGGAAAUACCACUUCCUUUGUAACAGGAAGAAGGGAAGAAACUUAGGUGGGGAUGGAAACCAGUUUGUAGAUAUGGCACUUGUAAUUUUAGAGUUCCCAUUUCUGUGAAAGAGGUAGUCAGCUGAGAAUCUCUGGAGAGCGAAGAAUGGGAGAAGGUUUCAAAUUGUUAUGAAGAGUGAAUGUGACACUCUCAGUGAUGGAGAAGUUUUUCACGUAUUGCAGUAUAGGGAAGUCAUUCUGGCUUAUACGUGGUUCUGCCUGAACUUUGUGUGAACUGAAACACAGCCUGACUUACGGCCUGUCAAACACUUAUACAGCACAUCUACUUUAACCAUUAAGAUAAAGAAUGUCCUCUUCGAAGAUAAGGAUAAAUAGCUCUCUUCCUGUGGCAUCCAUUAACACUUUCUUGAAGCCAUUCCUGCCAUGUAAGACACUCCCCCCGGCCCAAUAGGAUCAUCACCUGGAGGCUUACUUUUAGCUCCGCACAGGCCACACUCCUGAGGGGUCUUGAGGUGACAGCGACUGCGAUUCCAGCAGGAGGAGGAGAAGAUGGACAAGGGGAAGGCCGGGCGACGGCGAUCUUCAUCCGAAAUUGUCACAGAAGGGAAAAGGAAAAAGCCUUCAUCUUUGGAGUUACAUAAGCCUUGGAAGUCACAGGCCUGCCCAGAUUCAAGGGGAAGGAACAUAGACUGCACCUGAUGUUGGAGAACGGAUACAUCAAAAAUACAUCUACAUGUGGAACAGCUGUUACAGAACACCUACUGAACGCUGGCAGAAGACCUCAGACUUCCCAAAAGAUAAAAAAGAUGUUAAAUGCAAAACCAGAGGAUGUUUGUGUUAAGUCACCAUUGUCCAAACUCAGAAGCUCAGAACGCUGGGAUCUUUCUUUGCAGGGGUGGAAAAGGAGCCUAAGAAAUAAGGUCCUCUCUGUAGACCAUAAAAGUAAAAAAGGUGUACGUGGGCGUCCUGUCACUUCUAAGACAUCAGCAGAAAGGCAACUCAAAGUUAUGUUGACGAAUGUCCUAUGGACGGAUUUAGGACGAAAAUUCAGAAAGACCCUACCUAAAAAUGAUGCUAAUUUAUGUGAUGCCAACAAGGUGCAAUCAGACUCAUUGCCUUCGACAUCUGUUGACAGCCUAGAGACAUGUCAAAAAUUAGAACCUCUUCACCAAAGCCUUAAUUUAUCUGAAAGGAUACCCAGAGUUAUAUUGACGAAUGUCCUGGGAACGGAGUUAGGAAGAAAAUACAUAAAGACCUCACCUGUAACUGAGGCCAGUUUGGGUGAUACAGACAACUUGCAAUCAGAGCAGCUUUCUUCAUCAUCUGAUGGCAGCCUAGAAUCUUGUCAAAAUCUAAAUCCUCACAAGAGCUCCUUUUUAUCUGAAAGGAGUUCGCAACCAAGUCAGACAGAUAAUAAUUAUGCAAAGCAGGCUGCACACACUAAAGAAAAGCGAAGAGAUGAUGAUAGCAUUUCACUUGUAAUGUCUGAUACUCAACCUAAAGACCUCAAUAGGGGAAGUAGAGGUUGUGAUCAUCUUGAAGAGGGGAGCAGAAACAAGGAUAAUACAAAUUCUGAUUCAAAAAUGGAAUCCACUCUGAUUUCCAGGAAGAGGAAACAAAGGCUUAGAAGUAAUUUACCUGGUUCUAUUAAUCCUACUUCUUUGUAUAAGUCAGCAGAACAGACAAAAGAACAAGAAAAUGACCCAACAGUAUCCACUGAGUUGGAAGAGUCAAGUGAAAACUAUCAGGAGGACCCAAAACUGCUUGAAGAAAUUAUGCUUGAACCCAUAGAAAGUGAUUUUACUAAACUAUCCUCACUUUGUAGUCAGGAGUUGGCUUUGAGUGCUGCUCCCCAAAUCACCUCUGAAUGUUCAACCACUAAAACUUUUGAGAGCUGUAUUUCUACUGAUACUGUGGGGAAUUGUCCUGUGGUCGAGAAGGAUGAGAAUGAAUUGAACACAGUAGAAAAACCUGUUUUAAGUGAACAUAGUGAAGGGAACCAAUCAUUUAUCUCUGCUGAACCAAUUGUUGUUUCCAGUGAUGAAGAAGGACCCGUUGAACAUAAAAGUUCAGAAAUUCUUAAAUUACAACCUAAGCAAGAUCAUGCCAUCUCUAAUGAAAGUGAGAGUACUUCUGAGCCAGCAGUGUCAGAACUACCACUGAUUACAUGUGAAUCUGUACGGGCUUCAUCUGAAUUAUGUCAAUAUAAUCCUGUCAUGGAAAACAUUUCCUGUGUUAUACCUAGUAAUGAGAUGGAUCUACAACUGGAUUUUAUAUUUACUUCUGUUUAUAUUGGUAAAGUAAAAGGAGCUUCUAAAGGUUGUGUUACAUUCACGACAAAGUAUAUUAAGAUCCCAUUUCAAGUGUCCCUGCAUGAAAUUUCAUUGCUAGUGGAUACUACACAUUUAAAGCGGUUUGGGUUAUGGAAAAAUAAAGAUGAUGAUCACAGUAAAAGAAGUCAUGCUAUCCUCUUUCUUUGGGUCUCCUCAAAUUAUCUUCAAGAGAUUCAGACCCAAUUAGAAAACUCUAUGUUAAGCCAGCAAUCAAAAUCCACUGAAUUCAUUUUCCUUGAGCUACACAGUUCUGUUUCACAGAGAGAAGAAUUGAAAUUGCAAGACAUUAUGACAGAAAUAAGUACAACCAAUGGAGAAUUAGAGCUUUCUUAUCCACUGUCUUGGGUUCAAGCACUUCCUUUAUUUCAGAACCUCUCUUCAAAAGAAAGCUCUUUUAUUCAUUAUUACUGUGCUUCAACUUGUUCUUUCCCUGUUGCUACUGCUGAAGAAAUGAAGAUGAAAUCAAUAUCUCAGCCCUCAAAUACAGAUACAGCCAAGCCUACUUACACCUUACUACAGAAGCAAAGUAGUGGUUGCUACUCACUUUCUAUUACAUUGAAUCCAGAUGAAGAAUGGCGAGAAGUCAGGCCCACUGGACCUGUUCAGAAGUUGAUUGUAUAUCCUCCACCACCUACUAAAGGGGGCUUAGGAGUAACUAAUGAAGAUCUGGAGUGCUUAGAAGAAGGAGAGUUUCUUAAUGAUGUAAUCAUUGAUUUCUACCUUAAGUAUCUUAUAUUGGAGAAGGUGUCAGAUGAACUUGUUGAACGAAGUCACAUUUUUAGUAGCUUUUUCUACAAAUGCUUGACAAGAAAGGAAAAUAAUUUAACAGAAGAUAAUCCAAAUCUUUCAAUGGCUCAGAGAAGACAUAAGAGAGUAAGAACAUGGACUCGUCACAUAAACAUCUUUAAUAAAGAUUACAUCUUUGUGCCUGUAAAUGAGUCGUCUCACUGGUAUCUUGCAGUCAUUUGUUUUCCAUGGUUAGAAGAAGCUGUGUAUGAAGAUUUUCCACAAACUAUAUCCCAGCACUCCCAGGCUCAGCAAUCCCAACAUGACAACAAAACAAUAGAUAAUGAUCUGCAUACUUCUUCAGCACUAUCCUUGGGUACAGAAGAUUCUCAAAGUCCUGAGAUGAAUAUGUCAGUACCAAAGAAAAUGUGUAAAAGGCCAUGCAUUCUCAUACUAGACUCCUUGAAAGCUGCUUCUGUACAAAACACAGUCCAGAAUUUACGAGAGUAUUUAGAGGUAGAGUGGGAAGUUAAACGAAAAACUCAUCGUGAAUUCAGCAAAACAAACAUGGUGGACCUAUGCCCUAAAGUUCCUAAACAAGAUAAUAGCAGUGAUUGUGGAGUAUAUUUACUGCAAUAUGUGGAAAGCUUCUUUAAGGAUCCUAUUGUUAACUUUGAGCUUCCAAUUCAUUUGGAGAAAUGGUUUCCUCGUCAUGUAAUAAAGACCAAACGGGAAGAUAUUCGAGAGCUCAUUUUGAAACUUCAUUUACAGCAACAGAAGGGCAGCAGUAGCUAGUUAAUCUGUACAAACAUGACACAGAUGUUCUAUACGAUUACUGGAAAGCUGCUUAUCAGCAUUUGUGUUAGCCAGCUCACAGAGAAGAAAAUAACUUGCAGUAGUUUUAUAAGUCACUGUACAUUAUUUAAAAUAUAUAAGAUAUAAUAUUAGGAUUGUUAGGAUCUCAUAGAUGGAGUGGAAAUGGGGGUGAUAUAGAUAAAGUCAUUAGAUAGAAAUUAAAAUUUCAUAAAUAUUUGAUAUUUUUCUGAUUAAAUAUGCUUGGAUUAUGCAAUAGCAUAUGUAAUGUGGGAAUGUUUUUAUAGAUAAUAAAACUAUGUGAUCUGUACUUCCACAUAACUGGGAGUUGAAGGGAGUUAGGUCCUCCCUGGUGCCAGCCCCAGUGCUUGUCAAAUUCGUUGACAAGUCACAUUAUAUUGUAAUUCUAUUCUUUGCAGCUCAAGCAUGCAAUAUGAAUACUGUGUAUUUUUUUUUUUAAAGAAUUUAGUAUCAAGGCUUCAGAAAAUGCCAUUUACGGCAUCCCUUCUGUAUAGUGUGAGAGAAGACAUAAUGUUAGGAAGGUGAUAAAAAUUCACUCAUUCAAUGCGCAGCUUAUUUUUCUCAGUUGCUAGGUGGAACCAUUACUCUAUUCUAAUUGUUGUUUGUUUUCCAUUUCUUUUGAUGUCAUGUGUGGGGAUCUGAGAAUUUAGUUCAUUCAUUCAGAGUGAAAUUUGGAAGAAAAAUUUAGCUAUCCAAAAUAGGUUUUUAAAAAUUGUAUAUGUAGCUUAACUUAGUUUAUUUGAGGUAUAGCUAUAUAAAUAUUGACUUCUGUCCUAUUCUGACAUCCCAGAAUAUAUGUACACAGUUUCUGUAAGUAUAGAAGAUAAAAUUGGUGACUUUAUAACUUUAAUUAAAAAAAUAUCCUCAAAGUCUUCUAUAUUAAUCGUUAGGACUAAAUACAUAAUUUUAUAGCUGUUUACCCAGUAUUCAUCUGCAAAAGCCAGAUUGCUCUCAUUGCUUUUGUAUUUUUAUAAGGACAUGUGAUCCCCAUGGAGCAUAAGUUUUUGUUAAACAUUCAGGUAACAGUUCUGAAUUGAUGUGAUGAUGGUGGUAUUACAUAUGAUUAAACACUUCAUAACUUUCUAAUGUUAUCAGGAAUAUUUUGAGGGGAUGAUUAUAUUGUAUUUUCUCAGACAAGAAAAAUGUUUUUUAAUCUUCUGUUUUAAGCAUCUCUUUACACUGUUACUGUAUAUAAAGCAGUGAAGCAAAGGCAAUUUAAGAUGAAGCUAAAAGUCGGAACAUUUUAUUUCAAAAUCUUGUGAAUUGAGGUUGUCAGUUAAGCCUUAGUGUCCUUAAGUUUCUGUUAAUCUUGUCAUCAUCUUUAUAUUGUUCAAGAUAUUUGUCCUUUGGAGAUUUCCUAUAAAGAUGGUUAUAAUUACAUGUUUCAUUCCCAAUUUCUGUGGGGGGGGAGGGGAUUUUUUAGAUGACUUAAUUAUUUUGUAUAUCUAAUUUUGGGAAAGCAAGUAUCUAAUACAUCUCCUUGUGACUUCUUAACUUUUUUGUUUGUAUGUUUUUCAAAGACACCGCUGUUCUUUACCAUGUUUUGAAGAUUGUUUAAAAUUCAUUUUCCUAAAUUCAUAUGGAAAUAAUGCUUUGAGAAUAUCAACAUUUUAUAUUAAACAUGUUUCCAAUU